AUGAACCAUAAGCUAAUUAAUAAGUUAAAGAGAAGAGUGUCUAACGCAGGAGACUCCAUGUCCAUCAAAUCAGCAAGAGAACAGGCGGAUCAUGUUCCUAUUCCAGAUGCCAUCUACAACUAUAAGUUGGUUAUUGUUGCAAUCACAGCUGCAGCAGCAGCUGUGAUUAUUGGAUACGAUGCUGGUUUCAUUGGAGGAACUGUGUCGUUGGAAAGUUUCAAGCAAGAGUUUGGCAUGGACAAAAUGUCGAGUGACCAAGCCACGCUUAUUGAAGCAAAUGUUGUGUCUGUUUUUCAGGCUGGUGCAUUUUGGGGAGCAUUAAUGAUGUACCCAGUGGGGGAGAUUUUUGGUAGAAAGAUGGGUUUAAUUAUUUCUGGGUUCUUAUUGACGUUCGGUGCGGCUAUUUCUUUGAUUUCAAAUAAAGACAAUGGUUUAGGAGCCAUUUAUGCCGGAAGAGUGUUGACUGGUGUUGGUAUCGGUGGAUGUUCUGGGCUUGCGCCAAUAUAUGUAUCUGAAAUUAGUCCUGCUGCUGUCAGAGGUAAGUUAGUUGGAUGCUGGGAGUUAUCAUGGCAAAUUGGAGGUAUUAUUGGGUACUGGAUUAACUACGGUGUGUUACAAAAUAUUCCAAACUCGAAGAAACAAUGGCUCAUUCCCUUUGCUAUCCAAUUAAUUCCAUCUGGGUUAUUCUGGAUUGGUGCUUGUAUUAUUCCUGAAUCGCCUAGAUUUUUAGUCUCAAAGGGUAAAAUGGAAAAGGCUAGAAAGAACUUGGCAUACUUAAGAAAUAUCCCAGAAGAUCAUGAAUAUUCUCACCACGAAAUUGAUGUUUUCACUAAGGACAUCCACGAAAGAAGAGCUAAGAUUGGUGAUGGUUUCUUUGCGCCAAUUUUGGCUAUUGCCAAGAGUAAGAAGUUGCUCAUCAGAUUACUUAUGUCUACUUCUUUAUUCCCAAUGCAAAAUGGUUCUGGUAUUAAUGCCAUCACUUAUUACUCUCCAACCGUUUUCAAGUCUUUAGGUGUUAGUGGUUCUGAUGCGGGAUUAUUAUCCACUGGUAUUUUUGGUAUUAUUAAGGCAUUUGCUUCUGUUGUUUGGAUCUUUUUCAUUGUUGAUUUAAUGGGACGUCGUUCUUCAUUAAUUUGGUUCUCAGUACCAUGUUCACUCUGUAUGUGGUAUAUUGGAGCAUAUGUUUAUGUAGCAGAUCCAGCUGCAAGAUUAGCAACUGGUAAUACUCAAAUGGACGCUGGUGGUAAGGCUGCUCAAGGAUUAUUAUAUAUUUGGACCUUUUUCUACGGUGCUUCGUGGAACGGUACCCCAUGGGUCAUAAAUUCAGAAAUAUUUUCUCAGGAAGUUAGAACAUUCACUCAAGCUAUUAAUGCUGCAUCUAACUGGUUUUGGGCCUUCAUUAUGGGGAGAUUUACUGGACAAGCAUUCGAAGCCACUUCGUACGGUUUGUACUUCGUAUUUGCUGCAUGCAUGAUUGCAUUCCCAUUGGUGAUUUUCUUCUUUUACCCUGAAACUAAGGGUGUUCCAUUAGAAGCUAUAGACCACUUGUUCGAAGUACCAGCUUGGAGAGCAAGAGAAUAUGCUAUGGAAAAAUACGAUGCUGAAUUCGAAGGUGGUGAACUUCAGGAGGACGAUUUCGCUUCAUACCCAUCAUCACACGAAGAAAAGAUAGGUACUGCUACUAAUGUUACAGUGAACACUGAUCCUUCUGAACAUAGAUAG